AAGGGCCGAGGGCGGCCAAGAUGGCGGCGGCCGCGGCGGGCCUGGGCGGUGGUGCCGGCGCGGGGCCCGAGGCCUCGGACUUCCUGGCCCGUUACCGGCUGGUGUCCAACAAGCUGAAGAAGCGGUUCCUGCGCAAGCCCAACGUGGCGGAAGCCGGCGAGCAGUUCGGGCAGCUGGGCCGCGAGCUCCGCGCCCAGGAGUGCCUCCCGUACGCGGCCUGGUGCCAGCUGGCGGUGGCGCGCUGCCAGCAGGCGCUGUUCCACGGGCCCGGGGAGGCGCUGGCCCUCACCGAGGCCGCCCGCCUCUUCCUGCGGCAGGAGUGCGACGCGCGCCAGCGCCUCGGCUGCCCCGCCGCCUACGGGGAGCCGCUGCAGGCCGCCGCCAGCGCCCUCGGCGCCGCCGUCCGCCUGCACCUGGAGCUGGGCCAGCCGGCCGCUGCCGCCGCCCUUUGCCUCGAGCUGGCGGCCGCCCUGCGCGACCUGGGCCAGCCGGCCGCCGCCGCCGGACACUUCCAGCGCGCCGCCCAGCUCCAGCUGCCCCAGCUGCCCCUGGCCGCGCUGCAGGCGCUCGGCGAUGCCGCCUCCUGCCAGCUGCUGGCGCGGGACUACAACGGCGCCCUAGCGGUCUUCACGCGCAUGCAGUGCCUGGCGCGGGAGCAUGGCACCCACCCGGCGCAGCCGCCGCCGCUGCCGCCGCCGCCGCCGCCUCCCCCGGGGCUCCAGCAGCCCGCCCUGCCCGCCGCGCUGUUCGCCUCCAACGCGGGCCCCACGGUGCCCCCUCCCGCCGCACUGGGCGCCUUCUCCGACGUGCUGGUCCGCUGUGAGGUGUCUCGCGUGCUGCUGCUGCUGCUCCUGCAGCCACCACCCGCCAAGCUGCUGCCUGAGCACGCUCAGACCCUGGAGAAGUACUCCUGGGAGGCCUUUGACAGCCACGGGCAGGAGAGCGGCGGGCCGCUUCCCGAGGAGCUCUUCCUGCUGCUCCAGUCCCUGGUCAUGGCCACCCACGAAAAGGACACGGAGGCUGUCAAGUCGCUGCAGGUGGAGAUGUGGCCGCUGCUGACCGCCGAGCAGAACCACCUCCUUCACCUCCUUCUGCAAGAGACCAUCUCCCCCUCGGGACAGGGCAUCUGAUGCUCCCCGCCCCCCACCGAGUGACUUCAGGCCAGCCCCACGCAUCCAUCCGCAUCCAUCCGCAUCCAUCCUCUCUGGCGCGCGGCGCUGGGGCGGGGAGGGGGCGUGAAGACACCCUGAGUGGCCCCUUCUGCCGCUGGGAGAAUCCGCUUGGCCUCAUCCCGAAGCCUGUUUCCGCAGGCAGCGCGAAGGGCAAAGGCAGGCAUCUGACAGAAUCCCACGUGGGUGCCUUCUGCCUUCUCCGAGCGGGAGUGCCCCUUUUACCACCUCCCCUCGCUGCCCUCGGCCGCACACAGACUCGUGCUCUGUCUUCAUUCCAUAAGCAGGAUCCCGCUCUGCACAGCUCUGCCCGAAUGUGUAAGCCUCAAGCUCCAUAGUGUCCUCGUGGCCCUUCAUUUCUUAGCGCCCUUCGAGGUCUCUGAGACCGCCAGAUUGCCUUCGUCCCGGCUGCUUCGGAGCUCUGGCGCCGGAGGCCUGCUUGUCCCUUGCCGCCCAGCUGUUGCGCGCCCAAGCUGUUCAUUGAGGACUCCCGCCUCACGGCGCAGACUUGCCUCCUCCAGAAGACGUGACUACCUCCCUUGCCUAUUUGUCCAGAAGCACAGCUAGGUAGUUAGCUGUCUGUCAGCUCGGGGAUGCCGGCCUUCUUUGGAAACGUGCGGUGUGGCAGUGUAGGGCACGUGGGCCACGAGUCUAGGGCGAUCUUUCACAAAGCAGGCGCGUCUGUGGCAGAAGUUCCAGUGACACUGCUAGUCUGGUCCGGCUUCACACUUCCGCACAGUUGCGGGUCUCUCCGGAGCGGGCAUAGGCUAUCUGCCCUAGAGCUUGCGAUUUGCCCAACUGUGCAGAAUCGUGGCGUGGCCUCUGAUGCACUGAGCUCCCGUGAGGAUA